AUGACGUCCAAAUUUGAAAGUCUUAUGCAAGCCCUUCCAGACGCAGAGAUCUUUGUACCUGGGUAUCUCGGGUACGAGGACAGACUGAAACGAUGGAGCGCAUCAUGCAUCAAACCCGCUGCCAUAAUUGUGUGCCCCCGCAAUGCCUUCGAAGUAAGCAUUGCUCUACGAUACGCUGUGGAGCACAGGGUAUUUCCUCUUGCGGUUUGCGGAGGGGGUCACAGCACAAGUGGAGAUAACUGUUCCAGCGGGGGUAUGGUGAUAGAUUUGCGCAAGAUACGAUCAACUUCCGUCGAUUUGGAGAGACAGACGGUCACGUUUGGUGGCGGGUGCACCUGGGACGAUGUCAAUUGUGCGUUGUGGAAUCAUGGCCUUGCGACUGUCGGCGGGACUGUCGGUGAUACAGGGGUUGGAGGCCUGAUACUCGGUGGGGGCUAUGGAUAUUUGACUGGUCGGCGGGGGUUGGCACUUGAUUGUCUUGUUAGUUGUGAAGUGGUGCUGGCGAAUGGGGAUGUCGUCACGGCUAGCAAGGAAAAGAAUGCUGAGUUGUUCUGGGCGUUGCGCGGUGCUGGUGCAAACUUUGGAAUCGUGACGCAUUUCACCUCUCAGGGAUAUCCUCAGGGGGAUAGCUGGGCUGGCUUCUUGGGCUACCAGCCACAGAAAUUGCCCGCUCUGGUGGAGUUUGGGAAUCGUUUCAUGGCAGCGAUGGAUGGCAAUUCGAUGUUUAGCUUGAUCAUUGGCAAUUUCAUUCCGAAAAAUGGCUCUGGGAUAAUGGCGCUUGUCUUCUACAACGGACCCGAAGAGGAAGGGAAGAAAUUCUUCAAACCACUUUUUGAUCUUGAGCCUCUAGCAGAUACCACAAGCAUGGUAUCAUAUCCAGAUUUAAAUAUGAUGUUCAACAGAUACCCCCGAGGGCCCGAUGGCCGGCAUCUGCUUGGCGGUGCGAAUUUCACAUUUCCCCUAGAUGUGAAUGCUGCCCAAGAAAUCAGUGACUACUUCUGGGAAACCACAAAGAAGGCUGAGAAUGAGAACCUACGCGGUAGUACGAUAGCCUUUGAAUAUUAUCCUACCCAACAGAUUCGCCAAGUUGCAAUAGGAGAGACGGCCUUCGCAAAUCGUGGCCAAUUUGCACCUAUCUGUAUCACUGUCAACUGGACAGAUGAAUCAAAAGAUAAAAGUGCGCGGCUACUAUUGAGGAACAUCUCGCGGUAUAUUACCGAUAGAGUUGCUUGGAAGGGCGAUGAAAACAGUGAUGGCACUAGCGUAUAUGGCAACUACUUGAGUGAGCCUUUCGACUUUCUUCUGCGCUUUGGUACAUCAAGACUCGUAGCUAAGUCAUACUUAGGCAGCAUUACCAAGGCAGAAAAAGUCUACGGACCAAAUUCACCAAGGUUGAGAAAGCUCAAGAAGAAGUACGAUCCCAACCAUGUAUUCAGGAAGAUAGUGAAUUUGUCUCCAGUAGGGAAGGGUCAAUUGCUAGAGUAA